AUGUACGUUGAAUCUCCCCCCCGUUACUUGAACUACCCGCUGCCUGCACCUCCUGGACGAAGUUUCAUCGACAGCCUCCGGUGGCGGCAGAGCUUCGGACUCCCUGCCUUCGAGAGCCUGACACCAACUCAAAGCAAGUGUUGGCUUCGCUUAGUUGUCUUCUAUGGAAGUUCCCGCUUCAGGUCGACUCAGUCGCCAACGAGGCCCUUGCAAGGUGUCAAGUCAUCGUGCGGGUCCUUCUAUGACAACUGGUUGUUUAUCUGCAGUCUCAAGGUGCUGAACAAUGCUCGGAGCUUCCAAGGAGGCAACGAGCAUCAGGCGGCAUACCGAGAACUCAGGAAGUCCGUCGUUCGAAUGAAAUCGCUAAUACAGGAGGGAGUCUCGCUGUCAUCGCAAGAGGACUGGCAGUUAGGGAGAGGAGCCGUUCUCACUCUGAUCGACUCGUGCAAGUGCUUUGCAUCGAUGAGUCUGAUAGUUGCAAACUUGCGUGGGGAUCACGAACAGGGCAGGAGCAGCAUCUUGCAAGACAGUGCCGAUGCUCUUGCUCUCGUUACCGGACGGAUUGCCAGCAUGUUCAAUGGUGGGAGGUGCUGGGAGGAUGUGGCGAGUCAGGCCGGGUCCGGCAUGGAGCUACUUCAAGGGACCGAGGUGCUUGCUUUCGAUCUUGUGUGGUUGUGCGAUGCCAUGAAUGAGCCUCCCAGAGCUCCUUCUUGGCGCAAGUCGCACUUUGUUGUUUGGAACACAAUCCGUGAAGAUUCUGAUUCAAGUCUUGUUUGCUUGCAUGCGUUGGACCUGAUCCUUGUUUCCCUCUCUACCAUCAUGUACAUGAACAAGCCAAGUACACAGGACCAUGUCAAGGGUCUCCUGCAUAAGCUUCAAAGUCUCACAUGCAAGUUUAUGACCCCAAAGAAUGUCAAGAGGAGGGCAGGUGAGUCUGACACAAUCCGUCAGCUCCUUGUGUGGAGGAGAGAUAGAGGUGCACAACAAACUGGAUCCACCGCAGACGAAGAUGCAGCUGCGCAGCCCAAGAUAUCCUUCCGAUGCUACUUAUCUCUCCUGCACUCCAAGUGCUGCUACAUCCUUGCAUGUUGUCACUUCCUCCAAGGUAGUUUCCAGGAAUCCCUCGAGGCUGUGAAGAGCUCGGACUUACUGCAACCGCACGUGCUGUACCUGGAAGGCUGCCUGAGGCUUCUCUUGUCCCAGGAGUUGGUGCAAGGUGAACUGCAAGCAUCGCACAAGCCCUUGCAGGAAGACGAGGGCAGCGAGGAAAGCAGAGAGGAUGGUCGUCCUGCCAAACGGCAGAGGAAGGAGGGGAAGGAAGAGACUGGGAGGACGCGAGGACGCGAGCAUCUUGUGCGAGCGAUAGAAGCAUUUCGAUCGUGCGAGGCAAAGAAGUAUCGUCCUACUGAAGCCCUCAAUGCAUCUGCUCAGUGCCUCGCGAUCUUGGCCGACAUGUCGAGGAGGUCGAACUUAUCGGAAGGUCGUGACCGCAUGAGUCAGAAAGGAGCAGAGGCAACCAGUGAGCGUCCUGCUGCUUCUCUCAACCAGAGCGUUCCCAUGAAUCACUCGGAUCUAGAAACAAUACAAGAGUUCGAGAAGUGCCUGAAGCAAAGUGACGAAGACGACGAAGACGACGAGGAAUAUGACGAUGGUCGAGAUUAUGAUGAUGAUGAUGAUGAUGAUGAUGACGCCGCAUGGGCCAAGGAGAUGCAAGCAAACUCUUGGCUGCCGCACGCCGAGGAGGAAGCUGCCGAUGAAGUCGCCAUGAAGGAGGAUUACAUUUACCUCCUCCUCUCCUCCGGGGAGCCCGAGCGAGCAUUGCAGCUCUGCCUUCAAGUGUUGGCGCAAGAGCCCAACAGCGUCAACGCGCUCAAGUAUCAGGCUGAUGCGCUUGUCUGCCUCGAGCGAGCCGAGGAGGCGCUACCUCCUCUGGAUACCCUGGCUGCUCUGCUCCUGGAGGCGAUCGACAGCCUGGAGAAGGAGGGAAGAGAAACAGGAGGAGGCGACGAGCUUCUCUCCUCGUACAGAGAGGCUCUUGCUGAAUGCUACAACAAUCACUCCCUAGUCCUCACCUGCCUCAACCAGUCGGAAGCUGCUGCUCUCGUUCUCAACAAGAGCCUCCAACUAUCUCCCAAUCUGUCUGCUGCCGCAUACAACCACACGCUGAUGCUGUGGACGAGGGAGCAGCAUAUGGACGCCAGCUCCUUCUGGCUGAACCAGCGGAGCGUCGGCCCGAGGGGCGACCUUGUUACCCUCCAGCAGCAUCGUGCGCAUGCCAUACAGGAGCUGGAAGCAAGCGAUGCAAGGAUAGUGUCGCACGUUGCGGGCUACUUGACCCCGUCGAUGGUGUACGCCCUCGACGUCAUGGUCUUGGACUAUUGCAUCAGGGAGAUCGAGGACUUGCAGUCUGCGUGCCUGCUAGAAAGUUUCUCACAACCCUGA